AUGCUGCUCUCCUCCUGCUCCCGGGCGGUGGGUGCGAUGCUGUCCGCCCUCCCUCUUCUCGCGCUCCUCUCCGCACUGCCGGGUGCUGCUGCCCAAGGCGAGACCUGUAACACGACGACUCUGUGCUCGUCCGCCAACCCGUGCUGCAGUCCCUAUGGCUACUGCGGUAGCGGCGCUAACUUCUGCUUCGGCGGCUGCGACCCGCUCGCAUCCCACUCGCUCACGUCCUGCGAGCCCGAGCCCGUCUGCCAGAACGCCAACAUCUCGUUCAACAGCUUCGACCGGAUCCUCAUGAACCAGUCGCUCUACGACGGCAACGCGUCCCGCUGGGACUUUAUCCUCAACGAGGGCAACAUCCAGAACACGUCCGCCGGCGAGCUCGUGAUGCUGCUCACGGAGAGCAACGGCGGCACGCGGCUGUCGUCCACGCGCUACGUGCACUAUGGCCAGAUGACCGCCCGUCUCAAGACGGGCCGCUGGGGCGGUGUGGUGACGGCGUUCAUCACGAUGUCGGACAUCAAGGACGAAAUCGACUGGGAGUUCCCCGGCAACGAGACGUCCCAGGGCCAGACCAACUACUUCUGGCAGGGUGUCAUCCCCGCACAGACGGCCGGUCAGACGACGGGCAACUUGACGGACACGUUCAGCAACUACCACGACUACACGAUUGACUGGCAACCGGACCAGCUGCAGUGGCUGGUCGACGGGAACGUGGUGCGCACGCUGCUGCGGUCGUCGGUGACGGACAACAGCACGGGCGUGAGCCGGUACCCGAACACGCCGAGCCGCAUCGAGCUGAGCAUAUGGCCUGCGGGGAUCAGCAGCGAGCCGCAGGGCACGGUGGAGUGGGCGGGCGGCUACAUCAACUGGAACGACUCUGACUACAAGUCUGCUGGCCACUUCUACGCAUACGUAGACUCGGUGUCGAUCACGUGCAACGACGCGACGCCGGCGUCGUCGAACGUGACGUCGUACGUGUACGGGAGCAACUCGACGGGCAACACGCCGAGCAUCUCGUUCUCGAACAAGAGCACGAUCGUGACGACGGGGGCGGCGGCGCCUGCCACCGGCUCUCCGCGGUCGGCGUGGGCGAUCUUCGCGGGUGUGCUCGGGGCCGUUGCGCUGGCCGGGGCGUUCUAA